CAUAGAUACAACGUCACUGAGUUGAAUAAUGUUGAAACAGUAACAUAAUACGGUUGAAAAAGUAUUUAAAGGUCGGCUAAAAUGUAGUUUUAAAUUAUGAGGACAUGACAGACAGUGACAAUAGCUAUUUAAGCGAUUCUUUGCACAGUUUAUUUAAAAACUGUGACGAGAAAGCCGCUGAGAACGGAACGAACAUAGAAUACCGUCACGCUCCAAUCUUUACACCGUCGGGAAAUGAAAGUACUUCAGAUUGUGAAGAUGAAAACCCAUACGUUGAAUUUACAAAAGUGAAUGAUGAUCCCAAUGAAGGAAUGGUUAUCGUGCAGAUGGAUGACGGCGGUCCCAAGAUGAGGAGACGGAAACCGACGGAAAUAGUAAUACCCAUUGAUCACGUGUCAUCCUCAGAUUCACAAGCUGACAGCGAGGAAAUGGCUGAUUCAAGUAAUACUUCUUCCAGCAUCGGAGGAAAGUCGUCGAUGGAAUAUGACGGGCACAGUAGUACUGAAGAAACCACUGACGGCAGAUUUCAGACAAAACCUACCAGAGCGAGCAGUUGUACAGCAUCUGAUAACUGUGAGUCAGACAGCAGUGACAGUGACUACGGAGAAAACAUGGAAGAAGUUUCUGAUCAUGGUAGUGAUGAGACUGAAUCCGACACAGACGACGAGGAGACCGGUGGUAACACUUCAGAACGCGAUGUAAGUGGGACAACCCCUGGAAGCAGCAGAUCAAUAACAGAUUGUGUCAGAAUCGGACUUUCUAACGCCAGCUAUCUAAAUAUCUGUCAGAAGGUCAAGAAUGGAACAGCCAAGUUAGAGGAAAUUGUUGAUGCAAGAGACCGUCUUGGACGACAUUUUUUACAAACAAGACCGAACCAUCCAUUUUCUAAUUACAUUGCUCUACGCAUGUUCUCUUCGUUGUCCGCUAAUUACAAAUUUAGAAAUAUUGGCUAUGUCAACCUUCCGGCUAGACCAAAUUCAGCUAAUCACGGUUCAGUUCUUAACCAACAAGUGUUUGGUGUGGGUGAUACGGUUGAAAUUUCUCACGUGAAAGGGACAUCAGUAGUUCCAGCCGAUGAGACCCCAACGGAAGAUGAAAGCACAUCGCCAGUAUGUAGCACUAGAUUCGACUUCACACCAGCGGCACGUAGUAAAAUAGAAGGAGCAGUAACCGCAUGUUCUGAAGCUGCAAACGGGGCACACAGUGUGGAAUCUGGCAGAGAAAAUCCACAAGCAAAGCAGGACAGCGAAGUUAGACCUAAUAUUCAGAUUUUGAAAAUGCCUACCGUGUGUUUGCAUGGAAGACGGCCUCGUCAAGUGCUACCGCCAAUUCCUAAAGCAACAGGUGAAGCCAAGCUACAGUCAAACAUGGGAUGUCAGGACAAGCGAGAUGUGCUAACAAAGUCGAAACAAUCUACGAGCUUAAAAUCAGCCAGCAGACAGAUGAAAUCAGAAUGUCACACUCGAAAUACGAAGCCUGGAAUUCCUUAUCAACUAAGAUCUGUGGCUUGUUACCAAGAUGGUAAAGUUGACGUAUCUAUCAUGGGAGACAAGAGACUUCUACCGGAGGCAGAACCACUCAACGUUAACAUCACUUUCAUCCAUCGACCAAUCAUUCAACCAAACAAAGAGGUCAAGAUUGCCGAUGCAGCAGACGACAAAAAUCAAGCUGCUGCUAAACAUAGACCAUUUCCGAUAUCGAAGAAAAACAUCAGCCCCGCUCUUCCACAGAAAGGCACAAAACAGGCAGCCGGAGUUCCUGCAUUCUCGAAAAGGCCACUGCCCCCUCUGAGGAAUAUUCCGAGGACUGACAAUAGUACAUCUGAACAGUUCCGUAAUUUCUCCACAAGAUCAAUCGCGUCAAGACAAAUCUGUAAAAUUCCAAACCGUAAAAUCCUUCCACCUGUGCGCAACAUUCCUGGAACAAUGAAAAAAGACGUUCAGACCACAAUUAGAAAAACAACUGAAUUUUUAAAUAGGAAACAAAACAAAAAGUCAAUAAGAAAACAAAACAAUUUAAACUGGGACAUUGUAAACGACAGGGCUCAAUGGCCGCCAUUUAAUACGCACAUUAACGCUGAGGCUUCAGAGAGGCACCAGAAAAUAUUUGCAGAUAUUUCUGUAUAAAAAGGCUUAAAUAAAGGUUUUAAUCAAUA